GGUUGGAUACAUUAUUAUCUUAUACUUAAUAAAAUUAUCUGCAUUGUUUUAUAGAGAGACUAUGAAAAAAUAUUAUUUUAAACAAAUCGUUGAUUUAUAAUUAGUUGGCUGAGAGUUCUCAAUAUUAGUGUAUUGUUUAUUGCAAUUUUAAAUAACGUCGCUGGUGCAAUUAAACAUAAAGUAUUGUGAAAGUGUAUGUAUGAAUUAAAUACGGUGGUGUGUAUUCAAGACCUCUAUCAUAAGAAUGGAUCUGUAUGAUGAAAAAGAGCACGUUAUUAGUAGUGAUGAAUAUAGUGAUGAUGAUGACGACGACGACGCUCUUAUGAAUGAUGCUGUAAGAGCACAAGAUUACAAUAUUCGAUCUAAUGAUUACAGUGACCGGAACAAGCAACCCAAGUGGAGAAUUGAUCAAAAGCAGAAGGAGUUGAGCUCACUAAUAAGAAGGAACAAAAUAUCUGUUAUAUACAAAAACAAAUCUAUAAAAUGGUUGAAUAAUAAAAGACAAAGAGAACGGUACAAGGACCAUAUUUAUUUAAAUUCAAAGCAAUGUACUACUGAUCCAAUUAUCUCAACCACAGUUGAAUCCUCAGAUCAAGAAAAGAAGAAAAAUACAAAUGAAAUAUCAAGAGAUACACAAUAUAAUACAAUACAUAUUCAAGAUGUUGUCAGCAUUGAAGAUGAUGAGCCCCCCUUUGCCAAUAAAACCAAUAACAAAGGAAUCCUGGAAGAAAGGGAAGUAUUAGAAAAAUGUUCAACAUCAAGUACGUUUCAAUAUAGUACUAAAGCUGUGAAUAUCCAACCGGAAAAACCACCACAAAUUGCUGACGAAAAAAUCACAAUAAUGGAAGAGAGUAAUCUUGAGCAUACAGGGGAAUUAAGACCGCUUACUCAAAAGAUAAAAGAUGUUUCACAAAAAAGAGCAAGAUCUUCCAGCCCUUCAAUAUUAAAUGACAGUAAUGAAACCGAAAUAAAGCAGAAUGAAAAAAAAAUUAGAGCUAAAUCUCCACAAUUUUAUAAAAGUAUAAAUGACAUGUUUCCAAAAUUUGAUAAAAUUGCAACGAAUCACAUUGAUAACAUUGCAAAUACUACUUUAAAUGCGACGGAAGAGAAAAUGAAAUGUUUGUCAAAUGAAAUAGAUACCUUAAAUGAAAUUCUACAAACAAAAGAAAUGGAAUGGAACCGUUUGUUACAUUUAAAAAUGGUUAAAGAAGAAAUUUACUCUCGAUUAAGCCAAAAGAUGCAAAUCCUUCAAUCAAAAGAAUGUUAUACAAAAAAGCCUGGCCAAGAUACAUUGUUAGAAUUGAAGGAACUAGAGAUGUAUUUAUCAGAAAAGAACCCGAAUUCUUAUGAAGUAAAUCAUUCAUCAAUAACCAUUCAAAAACUUAUAGAGAAUAGGGCUAAUAUGAAUGCUGAAGAUUUGGAACGAGAAAAAAGUAAUACGAGUCGACUACACAGUCUUUUAGUCUCUCGCAACAUGUUACAUAGUGCCGACUCAUCCGAAAAUACUUCCACUGUGAUUAACGGUGAAAAACAGAGUACGGGAAUAAAAAGUAAGAAUUCUGAGUUUUAUAAUCACUUAGAUGCAGGUUAUCCACUAUCUAAUAAAGGUCGGCAAGGAGAAUUCAGAGAUGUAAAAAGUUUAAUUGCAGAUUUUAGACAAAAAAAUCCAGAAUUAUUACCUCGGGUUGGUAAGCGAAUCAAGUCAAGUGAAUCAAACGCACAGCAUCAUAGCUUCAGUAUUCCACUAUAUGAGAAAACAUCAUCACGUCCACAAUAUUUCACCAAAGACCACCAGUCUGAGUUCUAUCCUCUGCCAAAUUCUGAAGAAGAAAUUUGUAUUACUCCAAUUGGUCGUGCUAAGAAAUUAUCAUCAAGUCAUGAUAUUGAUUUUGUCAACACAAUGAAUAAUCCUUAUAAUGUUCGUUUGGAAGAAAACUAUUUAAAAAGUCAAGUGAAAAGAGAUUUUAAUGGAAAGUCUCCUAAAAACAUACAAUAUCCAUUAUGUCAAGAAUGUAAAACUAAUGAGUCUCGGUUCGUUUGUGCUGGUUGCGGAAACCAAUGGUAUUGUAGUAAAAAAUGCCAGAUAUCUGCCUGGGAUAAGCAUUCUGAACUCUGUACGGAAUAAUUAUAUUAUAUAUAGAUAUUAACAGGAAAGUAACAUUUAAAUAAAUUAAUACUUGAGAGCAACACAAUUAAACUUUUCAAUUACAAA